GACACAAACUGAUGCAGAUCGACUCGUUUAUCUAUUCGUGAAAUGGGUCUUGAAGAAUGGCCACAUAAAACAUUACUGUUCUAUACGCUGACCAAGAGGGCACGUUCCUGAAAGUAAAGAGUGACCAUAUCGUUUGUGGAAGUGUUGUGCAGAGGGCCUGGAGUGAAAGUGAAAGCAUACAGUGGGUCGCCGCCUCUCCUUUGACAUGUAGGCUGGUAGGACGCACAGGGCGCUGCGUUCGGAGUGGAGUGAAAUGUUUAAGGCAGGUCAUUAAAUUACAGUGGCAGUUCAAAUCUGAAGAUGUCCGUCUUCCAGCACGCGGUGUUUUUUGAGGCGAGUGGCCUCUCAAAUGACGACUUGAGAAGGAUUGGACAGUACUUUCACAUCAGGCGGCGGUCGGGCGGGGGGGACUGUGGGGAAGUGGAGCAAGUCGGAGAGAACACCUACAAGAUCGCCUUCAGAGAGCAAGCAGACCAGGAACGAGUUUUAGGCAAAACAGAGCACACAGUCCCUGUAGCCAGUCAAAGAAAUCUGCACAUCUUGCUUCGUCGCCAUGAUAAAAAACAACCAUCCUCCUCAGAGGAUCGGCAGAUGGCCUCUGGAGGUAAGCCCGUGGAAAAGACUUUGAAACUGGACCCUUUUUUAUUGCAGUUCCUGAAAGAGAGUGCAGCAGCAAGCUCAGACUUGGAGAAGAGUCUUGCCUUUCUGUCCAGUUCCUAUAAGUUAGACCUUUUGUCUGAGAAGGUAGUUGUAAUCAGGGAUCAGGAUGAAUCAGCUGAAGAUGAUGUUGCCCAGCAGAAGUGGGAAGCAAAAGUGGAAAAGUUAUUUUCAGACCUGCAGGACCGCUAUCUUAUUCGUUUUGAGGUGGAGCCUGAAAGGCUAAAGAUCCUGAAGCAGAACCCCUUCCCACCCAGUGACUACCUUAAAAUCUAUAGAGAAGGUGGUCUAACAGUGAUUGUUGGAGAGAAUAUGGAGAUGGAGAAGUUCUUAAAAUUCAUGGAUGAGUUGCAGUUGCAGCAGCAGGUCUAUAAAGAGUAUGCCCUGACUGACACGCAGUACGCUCUUGUGAAAGAGCAGUUUGAACAGGAGAUGAAGGCAAAUUUUUCAGGAAUCAAAAUUGUAAAGGACAGGCCAAACUAUGUUGCACUGAAAGGUCUUGAAGAACAAGUUCAGACUGCUGGCAAAAAGCUUCAAGGGUUAGUGAAUCAGAUUCAAGAGAAAAGGAUUCAGCUUCAUCCUGCGCUCACAGCAUUCUUGUCAUCAAGUGGUGCAGUGCAGAAGUACCAGACACGAUUCCAACAGAGUCUGCGUAGGCCAGUUUUGCUUGAGACCAGAGGUUCAGACCUGGUCCUGCUAAGUCUGUCUACUGGGGCUCUACAGGAAGCAGCAACUGCAGUGCAGAGGGACGUGUGCAUGGAAUCAAUGCCACUGGAACGAGCUGAAGCAGAGUCACCAGGAAUAGACACUCUGAAAGAAGCUUUGAGGCAAGCCUUGCAACAAGCUAACCAUGGAAGUACAAAUGUGAAAGUUACGUAUGAACCAGGAACAAAUAUUGACCCCAGAAUGAAGGUGCAGUUGGUGGGCUACAAUGCUGAUGUCUCCACAUUAAAAAAUGUCAUACAGGACUACAAGGAGAACCAUGCAGAAUGCAGUGACACUUUGCCUCUACCCUUACCAGAAAUGGUAGAUAACAUCUCAGACCUUCUUUCACUAGUAGUAGUGAAGAAGGGUGAUGUGAAUCUAGUGGCCUCACACUUACCAGGCCCAUGCAUUCGACUCUCAGGACCACGUCGUGAAGUAAACGACAUAAAAGAGAAGCUGAGUAUAGCUAUUGGCUGUCUUGUCUGGGACAAAAUUGAAGUGGAUGGACCAGGGGCUGUGCAGUUCUUUCAAGGGGACGGUUUAAAGACCCAAUCAUUAGUGCAAAAUUCCUUUCAGGUUCUGAUAAUACCAGAAUAUACUACAAGAAGUAGUCCUACAGCAGCCAUACACAGAGCCAUACACAGCCUCCCUAAUCUAUCCAGUGCCAUAUCUACACCCCAAACUCCUUCUGAUUCAUCGUUGGCCCUUGAAAUUGUAUUAGGGGGUCUUGAAGAACAACAGGCUGAUGUACUUGUUGUCCCCAUGUUGAAAAACACCCUGAACUCAACAAAAAUUGGGAUGUGCUUGUUGGAUAAAGCUGGACAACAGUUGAAAACCAAUUUUGAUACAGCCAAAGGAAGACGCAGAAUAACUCCUGGAGAUGUGCUGGAGGUAGAUGGGACUCCACUGGGGUGCAGCAAGGUGUUCUUUAUUGAGUGCGUGUCUUGGAGUGGAAACACAAAUGAUGGCGAAAGGGCACUACGCUAUGGCCUGGAGAGAGCCCUAUCACUAACUGAGCAGCAGGGUUGUAGCUCUAUUGCUAUGCCGGUAAUCGGAUCUGGGCCGGCUCUAUCAGUACCUGUCAAAGAUGCCACUUAUAUUCUGACAGAGACUAUUGGCAGGUCUACAUUCAGUGGCACUAUACGUAUUGCCAUAAUGCCUAAUUAUGCCAAUUCUGAAGAGAUCUACCAGGCAGUCUUCACAGGGCUGAGUGCACAAAUGGUGGAUCAGACAGGGCAAGCUCUUUUUCAGUCUCUAAGCUCUGAAAUUGAUGAAAUCACCAUCCCAGCGGGCAGGUGUCAGCUCCAUCUAGUGUUUGGUGACAUCAGUAAUGAGAUUACCGAUGUUGUUGUAAACACCACAGACUUUAGUGACUUUCGAACAGAUGUAUGCAAUGACAUCCUGACUGUUGCUGGGCCACAAGUGCAAGCUGCUCUAGCAGGAGUGCAAGUAAACAAAGGAGAGAUCUUCACCACCCAACCUGGAAACUUCCCCUGCAAGGAGCUCAUGCAUGUGUGUGGAGAAAGGGACGCAGGUGUUAUCAAAGGACUGGCACGAGAUAUAGUGUCAAAAUGUGAAAGAGACGGUUACCAAUCAGUAGCAAUUCCUGCCAUCUGUGCCGGAAAAGGAGGCCUGGAGGCACGCUUGGUAGCUCAGUCCAUUCUCCAGGGAGUGAAGGAUGCUGUGAUAGGUGCUAACUUCAGACAACUCAAAACAAUUCGGAUUGUCAUCCUGAAAAUCAAUGUCUUCUUGGCAUUUAAAGAAGUGGCACAGCAGCUCUUCGGCACAUUCACGCAGGCGACAGCUCCUGCACCACUAAGACCUUUCAGAGCUGCCACUAGAGGGCACCAACCACCAUCUUUGGCCAUAGAUCUCAGCUCCCUUGUUCAAGCCCUGCCACACCAACAGAGGAGCAGAGCUAAGUUUCUUGUCAUAGGCUCAUCUGCAGAGAAUGUCUCAGACGCCUGUCAGGAACUUCGUCAGGCGUACGAGAGAGCGUGCUCAUCUCAGUCAUUCUCUGCAGAUGAACUCCGAUACCUGGCUCCUGAUGAAUUUGGCCGUAUCACCAGUAAUAUGGAAUCUCUGGGUAUCCUGAUAAACCAGAGUAGCCGAAAUGAUUUGGUAGUAUGCGGACUGACAACUGGAGUAAAUGAAAUGACCCGCAUGAUGCAAGGGGCUCUUCUUAGACAGGUGACAGAAAGAGAACAGGACAUUCUUUUUGGCCGUUUCAGCUGGUGCAUUCUGGGAUCACGGGGUGACUGGGAGAGACUGCCCAAAAAGGCCCAUCACCAGCUAGAAUACAACAACUUAUUGGGAGGGGUGAAGGACGCACAGGGACAGAUGUGGGCAGUAAAUCUGACAAAAAUGGAGGCCACAGCAAUUGCAAUUGCAAUUCCAAGGACAGUGACCAAGUUGAAACGACUGGAGAACCUUUCAGAUUUCUCUUUCCCUCUGUACUGGGACAGCAUGGACCCAGGAGAAACCCUAAAGCUGGUAUGUCUGACCUCCAGCUCUGCUGAGUUCCAAAGGGUGAAAGCAGACUUCAAGAGAACAGUCCACAAAACAGUGCUCAAAAUUGAGCGCAUACAAAAUGUGCACCUCCGUCGGGCUUAUGAAGUACGCAAGAAAGAGCUGCAGGAUAAGAAUGGGUCUCAAGGGGGAGCAGGAGAGAAAGUUCUAUACCAUGGAAGCAAAGAAGAAGCCUGCUCAUCUAUACAGAGGACUAACUUUGAUCGCAGAUUUGCAGGGCAAAAUGCAACAAGGUUUGGUCUUGGAACAUAUUUUGCCGUAAACGCCAGCUACUCUGCCCAUCCCACUUACUCUGUACCUGCCGCAGACGGCACACAGCUUAUGUUUGUUGUCCUUGUCCUCACGGGUCACUUCGCUCAGGGAGAGAGUAACAUGAAGACUCCACCUCCCCGCUCCUCUCAGGACCCCAGUGACCGCUUCGACAGCGUGGUUGACAACAUGCAGAAUCCUGAGAUGUUUGUGGUGUUCCACGACUGCCAGGCAUAUCCAGACUACCUCAUUACAUUCAAAUGAAGGUGCUUCUACAUCUCCUGGCUGAAUUUAAGACACUUAUUCUUUAGCUAAUGCAAUGCUUUUUGAUUUUGACAUCCAACAGGCUAGACUGAAAAAGACAUGCAAUAAUAAGUGAUGCCAUUGUCAAUCUCUUUGAAUUAUGAUUUCAUCUUGCUCUGAUGCUUAGAUUUAAGUGCCUAUAGCAUCUACAUUAGUACAUUUGUCACAGUCAUUCAGUGUUCCUAUAAGUUGAAUUUUGGACAAUGGUAACAAGACAAAAACAAAAGAAUAAAUACCAAUAGACAAGCAUUAUAUUAUGAAUUACAGCAUAAAUACAUUAUUGGGUAACACUAUUUGAGAGCUACUCACAAAGGGAUCUUAUAAUACAUGUUUAAGCAAUGAUUGAUGUAUUUAUAAAGAAUACUUGAAUGGUUUCAUUGCAAAAUGCACAAUAGGUUUUCUUUUUUGUAAUAUAAACCUAAAUUCACAUUACCCAGCUAAAGUGGAACAAAUCUAAUUAUUUUUUCCAAAUAUGACUCUGAUCUGAUGUUUUCAGAGCUAUGUGUACACACAAAUCAGAUCUUUUCAGUCUGAUCUGAGCCACUUUCAUGGUGUUGCACUGUUGGUUAUUGCUUCACCUCAUUGACAUCAUGGAAUCAUUGCAUUAUUUAGCGAAAUGGUGGGUAGAAUACUAUUAGCACUCUGAGAAAGGCCUUGUGCUGAAAGUCGUCGGUGUUGAAUUCAUUAAAUCUGUUCAUUGAAUAUACCAUGAAUGUAUGAGUGCUGUCCCAUUUUCUAUUCUUCAACUCUCUUUUUUGGAUUCAACUCUUUAUAAGUCCUUUUUUGAUGAGGAGGUUAGCCUUUUGAUUUAUUUAUUUUUUUGGCUUAUAUAGUGUGUUCCUAAUUAGGCCUUUGUAUUUCAAGUUCUAUCAUGUGGGAAUGUUUAUAACAAUUUUAUAAAAUGAACAAAUGAUUCUUAGCUUAAGGUCCUUUAUGUGAAAACAAAAAUGCUUUAUAAAUAGGUUAUUCAAUGCUUAUGCAGGUGUUAUAAAGUCCCUAUAUAGGCAGCCUUCACAUGUAGUGUUACCCAUUAUUGUGUCAGUUUUUGUCCUUUCUAUAUUCCUUGUUGCCAUACAUCAACCCAAAGACAUGUUUGAAAGUGGGAGUGAGUCAGCUUUUCCAUAAACUAUUCCACAUAACAUGGAGGACAGUUAUCAUGAAUUCUCUUUUCAGCUAUUAUCAAGUUAUGCAUAACAUAUGAAUACACUGCUGAUGUCCUACAAGAUUAGUUUGACCACUGCUGCAGUUGUUGGUGAAUGUAAUCCUCACAGCAAUAGUUACUAAUGAUAAGCAUAGAAGUAGUUAUUGAUGACAGCAUGGGCCACAUGGUGCAUCAUGGAAUACACUGGUCUUAUUUUCCUGUAAUUUUGGUAUGGGAUAAUGCACAUUGUUGGGGGGUCUUUACAAGACGUUAUUUGUGUAAUAGAUCACAAUUCAUUAGAAGAGUAUAUCUUUUCUCAGAAAGGGGAUUCAGACUGUCGGGAACAUUUUACAGGCUACUUUGGAAAUCCAGUGCUUUCCUGUUUAUGAUUUGUUCAUAUUAUGCCUGUUAGUCUAACAUAUUAUGUUCAGAAAACUACUAAAGGGUGAAGGAGUCAUAGCUUAUCUUUAAGCCUUAUUAUGUUGAUGUGAUAGAACUGCUCUUAUUCCAGAAAAAUAUUUUAGGUAAGAUUACUUUUAUAAUGUAUGAUCUAAAAUGCCUUCAAGAUGUUUACAGUUUAGCUUCAAAUGUUGUUUGCAGAAAUUGCUAAUUCACUGGUUUGCUAGAAAUUAUUGACAUAAAUGAUGUUAGUUUAUUCUUUAUCAAUUAUUAUUCUUAGUGUUGUACUCAUACCAAGUUGAUACUUCAGCUCUGUUCAGUCAUUUUGUAAACAGUUUGAACAAUGUAUUAGAUAUGAUUCAGAACCAGAGGGUGAAAACUGAUAAAAUUUUGCUCAAUAUAAAUUGAAUAGAUGUUUUUACUUGAAGUUUUUCAUGGUGAGUUGGCAUGGGAUAAGCUGCAUGUAAGCUUUAGUUGUGUAAGACAUCCCAUAGUCAUUAAGAGCUUCCUCCAUGGUUCUCAGCUUAGUCACCUCAUUUAAAUAUAAGUCAUUUAUUGUUCAGACAAGAGUUUGGAAUGGCUUAAAUCACUGCUUUCAUCCGUUAUAUGCUUCUAGGAAACGUUUUUAUUUCUUAAUCUUGAUAGUUCCCCAUAUAGACACAUUAUAUUAAACAAAUACAUUUUACAGUUUUUUAGCAGUCAUUAUCAUAAAAUGUUACACAGUGUGAAAGACUGAAGGCCUUUCUUUUCAUUUUUGAAACUGGAGGUCAGUUUCUUGGUUUAUAAUACAUACUUUGUGUUGUGAGAUAGAUUGACCUGUUACUGUUUCCAAUGUGACAUACAGAAAAAGGGACCAUAGGUAUAGUAUAUUAUCUCACACAAAGCCUUAAGGAUCUCAAUGGAGCAAAAAUCUGUUCUAGUUCACGUGAGUCUGGAAGACGCAACACGACUUCAUUUUACAAUAUCUGUCCCAUGCAAUGAGCAGCCAUUGGCUUCUGAACUGGUGUAUUUCAAAACUCCAGUUUCACUUCUCAAUAUGAACUGUCAAGAGUGACUGUCUCAGUUGUGAACACCUCUGUACUCUUUAUGAUGAUUUUUUUCUAAUAAACUGCCAUAUAAAAAAA